UAUCCACAUACAAUCCAUCGUAUUUCCCCCAAUUUUAAAAACCUACAAUCCAGAUCUUCACAUUUUUCCCAAAUUCAAUGGCACCAAAGGCAGAGAAAAAGCCCGCCGAGAAGAAGCCAGCGGAGGAGAAGAAAACCCCCGCAGCUGAGAAAGCCCCCGCGGAGAAGAAGCCAAAGGCCGGAAAGAAACUGCCCAAGGAGGCCGGUGCUGCUGCCGGAGACAAGAAGAAGAAGAGAAACAAGAAGAGCGUUGAGACGUACAAGAUCUAUAUCUUCAAGGUGUUGAAGCAGGUUCAUCCCGACAUCGGUAUCUCCAGCAAAGCGAUGGGAAUCAUGAACAGUUUCAUAAACGAUAUUUUCGAGAAAUUGGCGCAGGAGAGUUCAAGGCUCGCAAGGUACAACAAGAAGCCAACCAUCACAUCCAGGGAGAUACAAACCGCCGUGCGACUUGUACUUCCUGGUGAAUUGGCCAAGCAUGCGGUGUCCGAGGGCACUAAGGCCGUGACCAAAUUUACCAGUUCCUGAGUAAAUUGGUUUGAUAUUUUAAUAUUUUGUUGCAAAGUGUUGGUGUUAAAUACUAGUGUUAGAACCUCAUAUCUCGUGAUGUGUUUGUAGAAUCUAUCUUAAUGUAUCGUUUUAAUUAACUUUCGUUAUGGUUCGAUAAUGAUUUUAUGGAUCCGGAUUUUGUUUCUUGGAA